AUGCAUGAGGAUCUUCAAGAAACUAAUGCUCAUGAAGUCAUGCCAAACUUGGGGCCCAAUUUCAAUACUCCUGAAGCACUUCUACAAAAUGUUCCACAUUUUGAGAUGUAUAACAGGGCCACAGCUGUGGGUGCUUGUCCACUCACUCCAUACAUCACGCACAACCUUCCUCCAGAUCUGGAACGACGCAGGUUUGAGCAAGAGCUGGAAGAUGCUAUUGAUGAGAUAUGGCAAGAACAAAGCCACCAGCAAGAUGAUGACACUGCCAACCCAGAGGAACCAGAGGGUGAUGGUGAUGUUGACAUGGACUUCAACAAUCCAGAGGAUGAGGAAGAUGACAGGAACCCCAUUAUAACCCAACCAGAUGAAGACAAUCUGGACCCAUUUGUGGUGGAAGAUGGAUUUGUCUCAAUGGACGACACAGAUCUUGCCAGCAUCCCACCGCACCUCCUGUCGAUAUAUGCAGUUGUCUCCUGGUUACAUCUGCAGUUUCACUUGCCAAGAAUUGCUUGCAAUCUUUGCGUUCACCACAUUUGCAUGAAACUUGCACAAGCUAUAAAGUCCUUGCUCAAGGUCCCAGGCCUCAAAACUGUUCUGGAUGAUUGGCACUGCAAAUCUCGUUCUCCUGGACAUUAUGGUGAUAUAUUUGAUGGCACGGUUUGCCGUACAAAACUCAAAGGGCUGGAUGGUAAAUUAUUCUUUUCUAAUCUUCCUCAUGAGAAGUGCGGUCCAGACAGUGAACUCCAGAUUGGUGUUAACCUUGGAGUCGAUUGGUUCUCAUAUAUUUGCAGCAACAUCGCACCAUCUCACUCCUUGUGUCUAACAUCGUUCUCUAUAUGUAACCUUCCACCAGAGUAUUGGUGCAUGUUCUCCAAAUUCUCUAUAUAUUGCACAUCAAACCUUAUGUGCACAGGAAUACUUCCUGGUCCUAAAGAGCAAAGUCCAGAUCAAAUCCAAUGA